AUGAACCAGGUAGUCAAGAUCUGUGGGCUAAAGACGGCCGCAGACGCCCAAACUGCCAUAGACAGCGGGGCAAACCUCGUGGGAGUGAUUCUGGUCCCUAAUAGAGCGCGAACAGUGGACCACGCCGAGGCAAAGAAGAUUAGUCAGCUGUGCAAGGAAAAGAGACAGGCGUUGGGACGGGAGUAUGUGGAUUCUACCCGGCUGCAAAAACACCUGCUCGAGUCGAAUCUCGAAGGCCCGGCCUGGUUCGAGUACGUGGCAGAGGAGAUUGCAAAAAACGGACCGUUUUUGGUCGGGGUGUUUAGAAACCAGAAGCUGGAGGAUGUUCAGCAACUCAGAGAGGCGUUGAGUCUGGAUUUCGUGCAAUUGCACGGCUCAGAGGACUUCAAAGCGUACACCGCCGCGCUGGACGUGCCCGUUAUUGCGCGGUUCGUGCUGGAUCACCCAAACCUCGAAGACGCUCCAAAGACACACAGUCACGUGCUGCCGCUGCUGGACUCGGAGGCUGGCGGCGAGGGCAAAGUGAUCGACUGGGCGGACGCGGCCGAGUUCCAUCGCCGGCUCGAUGGCAGAUACUUGCUCGCCGGCGGGCUGAACCAGCACAACGUGCAGUCCGCUCUUGCGGUGCAAGGGUGUGUAGGUGUGGACGUGAGCGGAGGAGUGGAAACGGACGGUGUUAAAGACACGGACAAGAUUACGCAAUUCAUUGCAGCUGCCAAUAGUGAAGGUAGAAGUAGAGGACAAAGUGGUGUUGGUGAGCUCGAUGUCCUUGACAGUGGACUCGCCAGCAAUCAAUUUCUUCCAGGCAGCACUGCACUCAGCAAUGACCUCCUCGGCGUACUUCUUGUUCUUGCACUCACCCGAGAAUGCAAACUGGUUCUCUGGCUUUCCGUCAGGAAUCUUGUAGAUUCUGAACCACUCGUUGGUGGCUCUGAGCAGGCCUGGAAGGUGUUUCUCGACAUCCUCAAUGUCGUUCAACUUGGAGGCCAAUGGGUCGUGGAUGUCGAUGACAAUGACCUUCCAGUCGGUCUCACCUUCGUCCAACAAAGCCAUGACACCAAGAACCUUGACCUGCUUGACCUGGCCCGGGUAGGCAACGUGCUCACCGAUCUCACAAACGUCCAAUGGAUCGUUGUCUCCGGCAGCCCUUGUUUCUGGGUGGGUCACAGUUGGGUCCUCCCAGGUUUGAGGGAAAGCACCGUAGUUGUGGAUGUAACCGUGGUGAGGGAAACAGUUUCUGACGAAUCUCAGCUUACCCUUCUUGGUGUCCUGAAUGAUAGGGUUGAGCUUCUGUUCCUUGGAAAUCUCCAACUUGGCGUUGGUCCAUCUUGGAACUUCGACAACCAUGUUCAAGACCUGCUUGGUCUCAUCAGCAUACAAUGGGAUGUCAUGGAAAGGAGAGAUCACCUUGCCAUCCUUCUCAAGGUAAACUUUGUAAUCCAAAGUGUUGGCGGCGCCAAUUUGUCUGGUAGUCCCUUCACAAACGAAGCACUAGCGUACUUUCUAGGGUCGAGUUGGUUCUGUCCCUCGGCCACAGUAGCCUGGUUGAACGGUCUCUCCUCGUUGUCCAAUGUGGCAAUCUUCUCCAAGUCGGUUGCAGCAGUGUGCGUGUCGCUUGGCGAGAAUGGCUGUUUGGUAGCAGAGUCGUUCUCCACAUACUUGGAGGAGUCAGAAGAACCAGAGACAAACGGCGUAACUGGUUCCCCAGGAUGGAGUUCCCAAGGUGUUAUAACGGUUCCACUUCUUUCUUGGAGUGUUGUCAAGGAAUCUUCCCAAAAUAAAAGACAAAAUCAAACCAACAAUCUGGGCAAGAGCACCAGAACUGAUGGACAGACCUUGCAGAAGCAUGUAGGAAAUGUAGAAGUUCGAAGCAGCUGGGAGCUUUUGACCCAAAAGCGACAUGGCCAUCGAUGGAUCCUCCAUAACCUGAGUCACGGAAGAGGCAGCAGCAGAGGUACAGGUAGCAACCAAGAAGACUUGGACAACCUGGAAAGCAAAGAACCAUUGUUGGGUCCAGUGAUCAACACUUUGCGCAGUCAUGCAUCCACCAACCUUACCCAUCUUUCUAAUGAACGGUGGCAACAGCAUCAUCAACACAGCCAAAGCAAUGGUUGGCAGCAAAGCAGUGAUGAUACCCAUCAGAACGUCUGGCAUGUUGUUGAUGAAACGCAAAAAGUGCAGCUUGCUGGUCAAGUAGUUGAUGUUAGAAAUGAAACCGACAACUGCGACUGGGAUAGCCCAGAAAAUGAUGGUCAAAGUCAAGACAGUAGCGGCAAUGGUUCUCUUACCAGAUCUAGCCUUAGCAGUGAGACCGGAGUUUUCCCAAACAAUGUCUUCUGGGGCAGAAGAAGUGAAUCUUCUAGAGUACUUAAGCUCCUUGGCGUAUGGAACGCCUUGGUAGGCUCUUUGCAACUCCAAGUGGCUAGCAAACUCAAUGAACACGGAUCCGGUCUUUUCGUAACCAUCUGGGUAGUUCAAUUGCUCCUUGUUGAUCUUCUCGUUGUAGUCACCAACCUCAUCCACACCGGUAGUCAGAAGAUCCUUCUUCUUACCGAUGAAUGGAAUCCAAGUGUCCUUGUAGGUUGGCAAUUUCUUUUGAGGAAUGUACGAGGUAAUUUCAUUAGCUGGUUCUGGAAGUGGCUUAUUCUUCUUCACAGCCUUGGAUCUGAGCUUGAUAGCCUUUCCGAUAAGCUUAACAAAGCUGCCUUCGAGCUUUCCAGAAAGCUUACCUCUCUUCUUGAUAAGCUUUUGCAACUCCUUAGUGUCUCUGGUGUACCAAAUGUUAACAGCAGCAGGGAACAAUCUGUGGAGAGUAGCCUCAUCCUGGAUCUCUUCUGGAAGGUUGUCAAUGAACAAGGUUCUAGAAGAGAGCAAGGAGGAGUAAUAUGGAGUGGUCUGGAUAGCGUGUCUGAAACUGGUGUAGUAGAUCAGUUCCUUGUAGAUCGUGUAGAUCACAAUUCCGAAAAACAACCAGGAACAAAACACGUGAGCAAACGAUCUCCAUCUUCCAAGAUUGUUAGAGUACGAGAUGAUGUCAAAACCACUUUGGUUUGCACCUCCAGUAGCGUUAACAGCAAAAAGGACCGGCCACAAAAAGAGACCACCCACAAGUCCAAUAGAAGCAAAUGUCACCAAGUAACGCAAGAAGAAAUAACCAUCGAUACCGGCCUUCUCAAUAACAUAAGAUUCAGGCUUAGACAGGAUUACAUUGACGAGUUUGACAUAGAGUUGGUAAACCAGGCUCUUAGCUUUGACACAACUGAUAUGCACAUCCAAGGAACGUGCGACCUCUUUACGACGAAGCCCAUCGGUUCAGAUAGAAAGCUCUACAAGACAAUUGACAAGCUUUAUUGCAAUAGCGACCAGCCCGAACCGCAGACCGAGUCCAAGAGUCGAGCCAACAGCGACGUUUCUAUGAGCAAUUCGCCGCCGCGAGAUAUCUCCUACAUCUCGCCCGAGUUCAUCAGGCUGAAAAAACGGUCGUCGAGUUACUCCCAUCCAAUUAAUAAACCAAACUCCAAGACUCUCAGUCACAAAGACCAGAUUCACAAGUCGCGCUCGAAAUCGUUCCAUUCUCCGUACAUGUCUCCUCCCAAGUCGCUUCCCAAAACCAACGGGUUCGAGAACCUGUCAAACGACGAGAUAGACCAGAUACCCAUGUUGGACGACCAGUACUCGCCAUUCGGACCGCUUAGUCUGCAGUCGUCGCGCAGAGUGUUUGCGUACCUGAUUGCGAUUCUCAACUCUGUUUAUCCGGACCAUGACUUUUCGUCCGUGCAACCAAACAACUUUACGCUGAUACCUUCGUCUGCAGAGCUUGUGCAACGAAUAAACUCGCUGCUUAUUUCUCUGGGCCGGUCCUCGAGACUCGACUGGAUAUGGCAGACCAUCAACACCCACAUGGACCUGGAUGAGUGCACGUGUUUCCAGUACGAGCCUGCACAAGCGUUUCUAAACGACCUACCGGGAACGUUGUGGUGCAACAUGUAUUUUCUGUUCAACAAGAAGAAGAAGCGCGUGGCUUUCCUGAACUUCUCUGCCAACAUCUUGAAAGACGCUGAUGCGUCCGUGUCGCAGCGCCGGAACAGCAAGAUCGGCACACUUGACGAGGAGUCCGGAAAGUUCGACGAAACCCAGGAAGAGUACGACCUGCGGUACUCUCAAGACCACUCGUCGGAAGCCAUCUACGAGGACGUCUUCGAGGACGACGAAUACGACGACGACGACGACCAGCAGGAAGAAGACCCAACGGUCACCGGCGACAUCGAGAUGGACUAG